AUGGCGAAAACGGAGAAAUUCGAUCUGGAGAAGGGCCGCUAUCGGUCCAAGGGUUUGACCACCCUGGAAAAGUGUCUGAUAUUUCUCUUCGUGGCCAUGACGGGCGUCUGCAUCGGCCUUGCAGUCGUCUAUGUCAAUGAAAGGGGUGACCCUUCAACUGAGGGAGAAGGGGAAGAGUCGGGAUGUGGAGGUCCCCAAGAGCUGUCUCUAGAGUCCGGCACCUUCAGCAGCUGGAACUAUCCCAACAGCUAUGACAACGGCAAGACCUGCACCUGGCACAUCACUGUGGACCCUGGCAAGGUGAUCCAUGUGUGGUUUGAUGACUUUGCUCUGGAGGACUCUCAGUCUUGCACGGGAGACUUCAUCACACUGCAAGACUCUCUGGGAACCAUCGGUAAAUAUUGUGGCUUCGCCAAGCCCAAGCCGUUGGUGUCACUUACAAACCGCCUGACGGUGCUCUUCAUCUCCAAUGACAGAAAAACAGACAAAGGAUUCAAGGCUCAUUACAAAGCUGUGUCUCCAGAGCUCGCGCCAGAAAUAGCCGGAGCUGGUGGCGUUCUCCAAGGUGACCAGGGGGAUAUGAUGACCCCCGGCUUCCCCGAGCAGAACUACCCAAAUGGAGCACUGUACCAGUGGAAAAUCACGGUGCCUGAGGGCGAGAAGGUUCGGCUGACAUUUACUUCCUUUGACCUGGUCCCUGAGGUCUGUGGAGACUAUGUUCAGGUCUAUGAUGGUGACAAGGCUGGCUCUUCUUUACUAGGUAAACUCUGUGGCGGCGCAAUGCCAAAGCCAGUGGUUUCCAGUGGCAACACAAUGGUUGUCCGCUUCAAAACCGACCAGAGUUUGACUUCUAAAGGGUUCAAAGCCACUUACACCAAGUCCAGUCUCCCGACUGUUGCUCCACCCGCAACAACAACCAGACCCACAACAACAACCAGACCCACAACAACUCCAACAAAGCCCACUCCAACACCCACAACUUCUGGGCGUAAAGGAGUGAUCCAGUCUGAAGGUUUCCCAAAUUCAUAUCCAGCUCACGCAAAUAACUCCUGGGAGAUUGUCGUGGCCAAAGGAUUCCUGAUUAAAUUUCAGAUUACUGACAUUGCCAUCACGGGAGAGACCGGACAGUGCAAGGAGGACAAGCUGAUCGUCUCAGACAAGUACAGCACACUAGGCACACACUGUGGCUUCCUCAUCCCCCCGGUGAUAGUCAGUGCCAGUGACACAAUAUCUGUCACCUUCCAGUCCGACAGUCGCCUCACAGACCGAGGAUUCUCCGCCAGCUGGGAGGCUGUGUACCCCGAGGAUAUCGCAGAAAUCCAAGGCUGUGGCUUUUCUUCCCAUGAGGACACCGGCGUUAUCAAGUCCCAGAACUGGCCUAUGAACUACAAGGCUAACGCGGAGUGCAUGUGGAACAUCGCUGCACCUUCUGGAGAGACAAUCACUCUAAACUUCACGCACUUCGACCUCGAAGCCAAAGAUUUCAUAACGUCCAAAUGCUACGAUAACAUAAUGGUGUACGACAUCAAUGGUUCGACUAAUGCGCUGAAUGAGAAGCACGGUCCAUUUUGUGGGACCAGGCUGCCUCCUUCCAUCCAGACAAAAGGCGAUAGGCUGGUGAUUCGUUUCAGUUCAGACUUGUUCACGGAGUCCAAAGGCUUCAGGGCCUACUGGACGACAAACCACAGUCUGCCUGCUCCCACUGAGCCGCCCGCUCAGCCCAAUCCAUGGGACAACAUCACCAUAGACUGGCCAAGUACGUGUGGACGACCAGUCAUUCCUCCGACUGUUACGUCGCGCAUUGUGAACGGAGAGCCGGCCAAGCCGCACUCCUGGCCCUGGCAGGUGUCCAUGCAGGUCUGGCCAGAGAGCCGUCCAGAUCCCAGCUUCUCCCAUACCUGUGGUGGUACUCUCAUUCAUAAGAACUGGGUGCUCACGGCAGCCCACUGCUUCAUCAGAUACGCUGAUGAGCUGCAGCGUUGGCGCAUGUGCCUCGGCAAGCACAACCUGACCUACACAGAGCCGAGUGAGCACUGCUUCGGUGUGACUGGCAUCUAUCGCCACGAGGGGUUCAAGUAUCCCACAGUGCCCACGGUGGAGUUUGACAUUGCUCUGGUCAGGCUGGACGGAGACGUGCCACCCACCGAUGAGAUCUCGUUUGCCUGCCUCCCCUCAGUGGAAGAAGUGCUACCUGGGGGCAAGAAGUGCUACGCCAGUGGCUGGGGAGAUGAGACCGGUGAUUCCAUGAAUGCUAAGGUUGCAGAGGCCCUGAAUCAAGUGGCCCUGCCUGUUGUGCCAUACGACACCUGCAAGAGGAUGGACUACUGGUGGUUCCAGGUCAAGACCUCCAUGAUCUGCUGUGGUUAUACCCUGCCUGAUGAGCUUAAGUCUGUCUGUCAGGGAGAUUCAGGUGGUCCUCUGGUGUGCCAGGAUGCUGCCGGGGGUCCCUGGGAAGUUCACGGUAUAACCAGCUUUGGCCCUGUCGGUUGCAUAAUGGAUAAGAAGCCGUCCGUGUUCACCCGCUCCUCUGCCUACAUUCCCUGGAUCGAAAACGUCAUCCGCCGGGACAUCUACAAUGAGCACACGUCUGGCUGCGGAGGGCCAAAGAACUUGAUUGGCACUGAAGGCACGGUGUCCUCGAUGGGUCACCCUGGCAGCUACAGCAACAAAGCCAGAUGCCAGUGGAACAUCCAGGUGCCCGUCGGCAAAGUGGUCCACCUCCAUUUCCACAGUUUCUCCCUGGAGGAGAGUCAGUUGUGCUUGAAUGACAAAGUCACCGUCACAGACAAAACAGGAAGUCUAGGUACAUUCUGCAGCCAUGUGCCCCCUGCAGACCUGGUGAGCAACGGAGACCAGCUUCACAUCAGCUUCUCCUCCAAUGACAAGGUGGUGGACACUGGCUUCAGCGCUACCUGGAGGGCAGUGGAUCCCAAUGAUGUGCCUUGUGGAGGGAGCUUCAGCAGUGAACAGGGCGAAAUCAUCUCUCCCAAGUGGCCCGCCGACUACCCAGCCCAGUCUGUGUGCACAUGGCGUAUCAGUAUUCCCUCAGCAGGAAGUGUCCACGUCGCCUUCACUCACUUUGAGCUGCAAGCUAUAAACGUGCUUGGAGACUGUGUGGACUACGUGGAGCUCUUCAAUCAAAACAUGACAUCAUUAGGUCGAUUCUGCGGCUUCGGCCUUCCACCUGUAAUCAGCGUCAUGGGCGACACAGCCAUCGUUCGCUUUAUGACCAACGGGGACAAUCAGCAGAGCGGGUUCCGUGGCUACUGGACCACUGAUCUCACUGUUUUCCCCACUUUACCUGCUCCACCUCCCAACCCAUGGGACAACAUCACUAUAUCCUGGCCGGCAGAUUGCGGAAAACCAGCAGUGAAACCCAAAACGGUUGCGACGAGGGUGGUUAACGGGGAGGAGGCCAUCCCCCACUCUUGGCCCUGGCAAGUCUCCAUGCAGGCCACGCCGAUGUUUCCGAUACCUUACAUGCACGGUUGUGGGGGUUCUUUGAUCCACGAGGAAUGGAUCCUUACUGCUGCCCACUGUUUCAUGUUCCCGCUGAAUAAACCUUCUUACUGGCGCAUGUGUUUGGGGAAACACCACAUGAACUCCUCCAUGGAUGUUCCCUCAGCGGAGGAAUGCUAUAUGGUGGACGGCAUCAUCCGCCACGAGGGGUUCGUCUACGAAGCAGAUCCUAGUGACAUCACCAAUGACGUCGCCCUGGUGCAUUUGGCCAAGCCUGUCAAAAUGACGAAGGAGAUCAGCCCCAUCUGCAUGCCCACACCUGGGGAUGUGAUGGCACCCGGGACCCCCUGCUUCGUCACCGGCUGGGGAGACGAGAAAGGCAACUUGUUCCCCCAAGUGGCCCAGAAGCUAAACCAGGCAGCCCUUCCCAUCGUUGACUUUGACACCUGCAGCCAGCCUGCCUACUGGUGGGACACCCUCAGGCCCUCCAUGAUCUGUGCCGGAUACGAGUCCCCGGAUGAGCUGAAGUCGGCCUGCCAGGGUGACUCCGGAGGUCCUUUCGCCUGCCCGUCCGCUGGAGAGACCUGGGAGGUGCACGGCAUCGUCAGCUUCGGACCUCAGGGCUGCAUCAAAGACAAGAAGCCCUCAGUGUUCACCCGCGUGUCGGCCUUCAGCGACUGGAUCGAGGACAACAUGAAGAAGUUUAUUUAUGUAAAUGACAAGACCAACUAAACAUCUCACUCACGUCUGGAAAUAAAGAUUUCUGACAGCGUGUUGUUUCUUCAGUUACAGAUGAAGUGUUCGUAUGUUUUUUUUAUGACACAUUUAAGUCAUAAUAAGGCAUCUCUCUACUAAGGCAGUGUUAGAACAAUUUAUGUUCAACUAUAUUUAAUAUUUAAUACAUUUUACAGCAUACAAGAUAAUGAAACCAAACAUUUUAAGGAAAUACUGAACAAAGAGCUGAGUUUGUAAAUGGAGCAAUACUUUUGAUGUGUGACUGUAAUUAUAAACUCUGCAUUGAA